AUGCGAGGUAUCCACAAAUGUACGCCGGGGCAGGGAAUUCAGCGUUCCGUCCUCAAAAUUCAAGCAAUCGAUUUCAAAACUAUUCCUCCUAGGACACCUGAAACACUCCGCGUGUUCAUGUAUCCAAACCAAGCUGGGAUCCCUACUCAAGACGGGAGAGGCAUACCACCCGACUCCGCCAUAAAUGAAGCAGUGGAUAACCCAAGUAGGCAGUUCAUUCUCAGGCCUCCUGAAAACUGUGAUGCAAUGUAG